UUCUGCGCUCGUGUUAGUUACGUUGCCAAUUUAAUGUUAGGUGGAUGACUAACGUUAUUGGAAACAAAAAUGACCGAAGAGUCGGCUGUUAAAGUAUGCAUUCGAGUCCGUCCGCUUAUUGCGAGGGAAGAAAGUGCUGAGUCAGAGGAUGCAGAGCCCGUCCACCUGUUUUGGAAAGCUGAUAAGAAAUCAAUUCAUCAGAUCGAUGAUGGGAAUUCCACUAAGAGCUUUAGUUUCGACCGAGUGUUCACUGCAGAAGAAACAACCAAUCAGCUGUACCAGAACAUUGCAAAGCCUCUGGUUGUUUCCACUGUUGAGGGAUACAAUGGAACCAUAUUUGCUUACGGACAGACUUCUUCCGGAAAGACUUUUACUAUGAUGGGGUCUGACCGAUCACCUGGAGUGAUACCAUUGGCUGUGGAGGAUGUCUUCCAAACAAUUAAAAAUUGUCCAAAGAAGGAGUUCCUUCUCAGGGUUUCGUACAUGGAGAUCUACAAUGAAACAGUCACUGACCUGCUUGUGGACAGCUGGAAGAGGAAACCCCUGGAAGUCAGAGAGACAAUCAAUAAAAACAUCUAUGUGGCUGACCUAACUGAGGAACUCGUUACGUCUCCUGCACAAGCCCUGGCCUGGAUUCGGAAAGGAGAAAAGAACCGCCACUAUGGAAAGACAAAAAUGAACCAGCGAAGCAGUCGCUCCCACACCAUAUUCCGAAUGAUCCUGGAAAGUCGAGAAAGAAGCGACCCAGCAUCAGGAGAAAAUGCAGAUGGAGCCAUUAUUGUGUCUCAUUUGAAUUUAGUUGAUUUGGCUGGAUCAGAGAGAGCAAGUCAAACAGGAGCUGAAGGCACACGUUUCAAAGAAGGUUGCAAUAUCAAUCGCAGUCUCUUCACACUCGGCCAAGUGAUCAAGAAAUUGACAGAUGAAAGCCAGAAGGGUUUCACAAACUACAGAGACAGUAAGCUCACCCGCAUCCUGCAGAAUUCCUUGGGUGGGAACGCGAAAACAGUCAUCAUUGGUACCAUCACACCUGUUGCUUUGGAUGAGACCCUCAGCACUCUGCAGUUUGCCAGCACUGCAAAGAAAAUGAAGAAUGACCCUCAUGUGACAGAGGUGUCUGAUGACGGGGCUCUGCUCAAAAGAUACCGCAAUGAAAUUGUAGACCUCAAGCGACGCCUUCAUGAGGUUUCUUCAGUCACACAGACCACAGCCACAGAGAAGGAGGUUCUCUCCCAGCUGCUCCAAGAAAAGGAUCAGCUCCAGAGAGAACAAGAAGACAGGAUCAAAAACCUGACUAAACUGCUGGUCACCAGCACAAACCAGGUUCCUGCUCAAAAGAUGCCAAAACGCAGGGUUACGUGGGGAGGAAAGAUGCUCAGACUUGCCCGUCCAUCUGCAUGUGAUGGUGGUUCAUCUGACCUUAGCUUUGCAGACCCUUUCACUCGGAAGAGGAAAGCCUCUAAUGUCUCUCUGAUGGAGCUGGUUGAAGAUGAUGAGGACUUCGACUCUCACUGGGAGAUUCCUGAUGAGCCUUCAGAUGAUAUGGAGAUAAGUCAGAGCUCUGUGACUGUCAGGAGCUUUGGAGACAGUCCCAAAGACUUUGUGUCUCCAGACCGUGUGCAUGAGCUUUCAGGGAAAGUGUCCAGCCUGCAGCUGCAGCUGCAAACAGAGGUCCAACAAAAACAAGAGGCCUUGGAGAAGGUGGCAAUGUUGGACCUCCGAGUUGCAGACCUGGAGAGACGGCUGGAGGAACAGAACAACACUAAAACUGAUGAACAGAUGGGUAAACAGUUUGCAGAGGCCAUCCAGCUGUGUGAGACACUGGCUUCAGAGAAGGACGUGGUGGAGGUCGAGCGAGACUACCUGAAGCAGGAGCUCGGGAUGUUCCUAGAGCAGAUUGAAACUCUGGAGAAAGAGAAAGCUGCUCUGUCAAAAGAGAUGGAGGAGAAGAGGGAGAUGGAGGAGUUCAAGGCUCUGGAGGAGGAGUUCAGAAAAGAGCAAGAGAUUCAGAGGCUGACUGAGGAGCUUGAGAGUGUGCGAGCAGAGAGAGACAGUCUGCUCUCUGGGAAGGAAGCCAGCUGUCAGACCUCCACAGAGGAGAUGGAGAAGCUGCUGUGCAGAGUGACGUCUCUCACUGAGGAGAGAGAUCAGCUGCAGGAGAUACUGGAGGGACUGAGACAGGAGAAGCAGCAGCUCAAAGCAGAACUGGAGGACAAGAUGGAGAUGGUUGCACAAGUCCAAUGUGGGUUUAACCAGCCAGAAGGACUGGCCUCAGAACUGCACCAACAGGAUGCCCAAGUAACCCACCUUCAGCAAGAGAUAGAGCAACUACAGGCAACUUUGCAGGCCGUCAGUGAGCAGAAGAGCCAGCUGGAAGUUGAUCUGCAGCAUAAUAUGGAGAUGGCUGCAGAGACGCAGAGCCUUUUGCAUUCACUUCAACAAGAACUCCAAGAGCAGAAUCAAAGAAACGCUGACCUAGAAAGACUCAGCCAAGAGAGGCAAGCUCAGCUAGAACAAGAGGUUGCCAGGACUCAGAGUCUUCUACAUUCUCUUGAAGACGAGCACCAGGAGCUAAAGCAAAAUAACUCUGAUCAUAUGAAACUCUGUGAGCAGAAGGAAUCUGGCUUAGAACAACAGAUAGCACAGCUGAACAUGUCUCUCCAGGCUGUGACUGAGCAGAAGAGGCAGGUGGAAUAUGAUCUACAACAGAACAUAAAUAUGGCUUCUACAACUCGAGAACUUCUGAAGUCAGUCCAAGAGGAGCUGUGUGAACAGAAGCAGAUGAACUCUGAUCUGGAAAAGAAGGAAAGCUCCUUUGAUCAACAGGUGAGGACUCUGACAGAGAAACUGGAGAGCAUUGAGGCAGAGAGAGACAGUCUGCUCUCUGAGAAGGAAGCCAGCUGUCAGACCUCCACAGAUGAGAUGGAGAAGCUGCUGUGCAGAGUGACGUCUCUCAGUGAGGAGAGAGAUCAGCUGCAGGAGACGCUGGAGGGACUGAGACAGGAGAAGCAGCAGCUCAAAGCGGAGCUGGAGGACAGGAUGGAGAGGAUGCAGUGUGAGUUACAGCAGCAGCUCAGCUCUGAGCCUCAGUCGCUGAAAGAAGAACAGGAGGCUCAAACACUUCUGCAGAUCCAACAGCUGGAGGAGCAUCUGGAGAAAACUAAGGAGGAGGUGAGCCAGCUGAAGUCUGACCUUCAGGAAAAUGUAGAACUGAUGAUUGAGAACCAGGAGGAGCUGAGAGAGUCUCAGGAGAAGAUCAGAGUUCUAAAAGAUGAGAUCAGCAUGCUGAAGAGUCAAAAGGCAGAGCUGGAGGGCAAAGCAAGCAAUGGGAGCGAUGCAGAUAUUUCCCUCCAGAUGCAAGAGCUCCAAACUCAGAUUCAGAGGCUGACUGAGGAGCUUGAGAGUGUGCGAGCAGAGAGAGACGGUCUGCUCUCUGGGAAGGAAGCCAGCUGUCAGACCUCCAAAGAGGAGAUGGAGAAGCUGCUUUGCAGAGUGACGUCUCUCACUGAGGAGAGAGAUCAGCUGCAGGAGGCACUGGAGGGACUGAGACAGGAGAAGCAGCAGCUCAGAGCAGAGCUGGAGGACAGGAUGGAGACAAUGCAGACUGAGGUGAGGACUCUGACAGAGAAACUGAAGUGCAUUGAGGCAGAGAGAGACAGUCUGCUCUCUGAGAAGGAAGCCAGCUGUCAGACCUCCACAGAGGAGAUGGAGAAGCUGCUGUGCAGAGUGACGUCUCUCACUGAGGAGAGAGAUCAGCUGCAGGAGAUUCUGGAGGGACUGAGACAGGAGAAGCAGCAGCUCAGAGCAGAGCUGGAGGACAGGAUGGAGACAAUGCAGACUGAGAUAGCACAGCUGAACAUGUCUCUCCAGACUGUGACUGAGCAGAAGAGGCAGGUGGAAAAUGAUCUACAGCAGAACAUGAAUAUGACUUCUACAACUCAAGAACUUCUGAAGUCAGUCCAAGAGGAGCUGUGUGAACAGAACCAGAUGAACUCUGAUCUGGAAAAACUGUGUCAGGAGAAGGAAAGCUCCUUAGAUCAACAGAUGAGGACUCUUACUGAAACACUGAAGAGCAUUGAGGCAGAGAGAGACAGUCUGCUCUCUGAGAAGGAAUCCAGCUGUCAGACCUCCACAGAUGAGAUGGAGAAGCUGCUGUGCAGAGUGACGUCUCUCACUGAAGAGAGAGAUCAGCUGCAGGAGACACUGGAGGGACUGAGACAGGAGAAGCAGCAGCUCAGAGCAGAGCUGGAGGACAGGAUGGAGACAAUGCAGACUGAGAUAGCACAGCUGAAUAUGUCUCUCCAGGCUGUGACUGAGCAGAAGAGGCAGGUGGAAUAUGAUCUACAGCAGAACAUGAAUAUGGCUUCUACAACUCAAGAACUUCUGAAGUCAGUCCAAGAGGAGCUGUGUGAACAGAAGCAGAUGAACUCUGAUCUGGAAAAACUGUGUCAGGAGAAGGAAAGCUCCUUUGAUCAACAGGUGAGGACUCUGACAGAGAAACUGAAGAGCAUUGAGGCAGAGAGAGACAGUCUGCUCUCUGAGAAGGAAGCCAGCUGUCAGACCUCCACAGAGGAGAUGGAGAAGCUGCUGUGCAGAGUGACGUCUCUCACUGAGGAGAGAGAUCAGCUGCAGGAGAUACUGGAGGGACUGAGACAGGAGAAGCAGCAGUUCAGAGCCGAGCUGGAGGACAGGAUGGAGAUGAUUUCAGGCAUCCAGGAGAGGCUGAGCGAGCAGGAAAAUUUGAACUCACAGCAGCAGCCAGAGAGAGGAGAACAAGAGACCAAGCUGCAACGAAGAGUGCAGCAGCUCGAGGAGCAACUUCAAACAUACAGGGAGAGACACAGUCAUGCUGAAGCUGAAGCUGAAACCUCACAGCAGUUGCUCAGUGAAGCGAAGACAACCAUCUCUGCCCUUAAAGAGCAGCUGAGCAGUUUGGAGCAGAGCACCAGUAGAGUCAAGGAGACAGCAUCAUCACGACUGCAGGACUCUACAAGGCAGCUUCAGGAGUCCUUCAAAAAAUUCCAGCACCUUAUAGACACUUGUUCCAAGUAUAACUCCACAGCAUUGGACAAGGUGCAGUGUUCCCUGAAGCACCCUUAUCUGGCCUCUCUACCAAAACCCACCAUGAAUGCCUACAGCACUGUGUGUCAGUUGCAGCUGCAGACAACUCAGAGUCUGGGAAACAUUAUGGAGCACCUCCAGGUGCGAGCACAGGGCUACAGGAAUCUGUUUGAGGAGUUGGUGAAGAAAGAUCUGGCUGUUUUUGAAGAGAGGCGUCUGCAAGAUGUGCUGCUGUGCAGAGCACAGGCACCCUGCUACUCUGUCAGAGACGAAGACUUUCACACACUUUGGCACCACAGACUGACGGAGCUGCUGAACAAGAGGCAGCUCUACCUGCAGAAAAUGGCCAGCAUUUCAAGUACGCUGUGUGCCAACAUGGCGUCUUAUCCCAGUGAGCUGUCCGCUGAGAUCAGACACAGGGAGAGAUUCAAGGAGCAGCUGCAGACCUUGCUUAACAAGCAGCCAUUUAGCCUCAGUGGGCUGGACAGCAUCCUGAGCAGUGAGCUGGACCACAGAUCUUCAGUGGCACACAACCGGAAGAUGAUUCUGCAGGGCAUCAUCGAUGAACAGAAUGGUCUGUUUGAAGAGCUGAAGCUGCUUGAGGCUCAGGCUGAUUUACAAUUCAGAGAGGAGAGAAGUAAGAGUUCCACUCUGCUGCAGGCACUGGAGGGAGCUCCUCUGAAAACUGAGCUCUCUCUACUCAAGGACAACCAGCAACUUGUGCUUCAGCUCCAGCAAACAGAAGAACAAGUUGAGGCUCUGCGUGUACAUAAUAAGCAGCUGGAGGAAGCUCAGAUCAAAGCCAACAAUAGGGUGUCCAACCACAAACAGGCUACCCAGCUGCUGCAGACAGAGCUGCAGGACACCCGCGCACAAGUUGAGGAUAAAGACAAUGCAAUCCAAGCCCUUAGGAGCAAACUGCGAGAGUCUGAGAAAAAUGCAUCACCCAGUGCUGUUGAGCUGGAAAAACUCCGCACUAAACUGUUCAAAAUGGAGGUGGAGCUGAGUUCAGCAUCUGAUAACCACAAAAAAGAGAUCCAACAGAUGACCACACUGAUGAAUCAAAAGGAAGAAUCACUGAGGAAGCUGAAGGAGACCUUGAGGAAAUCCCAGCAGGAGGGAGAGGAGUCAUUCUUGCAAGGUGAGGACCUUCAUGCCAGACUGACCAACCCCCGAGGUCUGGUGAUCAAAUCCAGCGUUGUACUGGAGAAGACUAAACUGGAGGAGGAAGUCAAACAGCUUCAACUGAAAAUAACUGAGCUUGAAAGCUUGGUGUCCAGUCAGCAGGUAGAGAUCAACAAGUGGAAGAGCAGAGCCUUCAAGCUGAAGGUGAAGAGCAAGGCUGAGGUGGACAGGCCUCCAUCACCCUGCACUCCCACCAAAAGAGGCCUUCCCUUGACCUCAGACCCCUCCAACUUCCUCAGCUCACCCAAGAAGUUUCUGGUUACUCCCAGGAAGGUCCUUGACUCUCCCAGGAAGGUCCUUGACUCUCCCAGGAAGGUCCUUGACUCCCCAAAGGUCUCUGUGCUCGACUCCCCCAAAAGCAGAUUCUUUGAUGUGGGCGGAAGCUCCGAGGUGCUGUCCAGAACCUGUCCUAAGCAGUUCUUUGAUAACUCCAGCCUAGGAACCAUUCCAGAGGUUUUCGACGUUCCUGAUGAACCAGACGCAGACAUGGAUGCAGCUGCAGGUGCAGGCAGAAAGGAUUGGUGGCCUCAGUCUCCAAAGCAAGAGGAAAUGUGUAAAACCCAGUAAAAAAAAAAUCCAUGUGCAAUAUAUUUAAAUGUCUUUUGUCUUUUCAAUGUUUCUGACUUUUCUGUUUUGUUUUUAUUCCGUCAUUCUGUAGUUCUAAUAAUAAAACAUCUUUUAAUUAA